AUGGCUCGGGUAACAAGGCAAUCGGCGAAGAAGGCCGUUACAGCGUCGCCGUCGACGACAACGAGGACAGGUACGCCAGUCUUUAGUGCCACAACCUCGGUACCAGAGACGCCGGCAACAUCCAACGACGAGGAGGCGGAAGUCAAGACUGUCCCCGUAACAAGGUCAAAGAGACGGGCACGAAGUGAAGAUGAUGAUAUAGAUGGCGAACUAGCACUGCCAAAACGCCCCACAAAGCGAAGGGCAAUUUCGCAGGUCUUCGUUGAAAUACCUUCAGUGGUCAGGGCUAAAGGCAAGGGGAAAGCGAGAACUGUAUCACCCCCAUCCGACAACGACGACGAAUUGGUGUCUGAACACGGACUCGAGUUUGAAGAGCAGUCAUUUAGUAGCAGCGGAUCAGAAUUUGAAGAUUCUGAUAACGAGGAUGUCGAGCCUUCAGACACCAGACUAAGCACACGCCGUACUCCUCGCAAGGAUGAAGACCAAGAGGCGCUCCUUGAGUUAGAAGAAUCUGACGCCGAGGAGUUGAUGCUUCGUGCUGCCAUUGUGCGCUCGCUAGGAGGCGCUCGUAGCGGUGAAGGCUCUUCCUCGAAGAAUGCUGCGGCGCUGUGUGCUGCAGCAGCCGAGCGCCGAAUUGCUCGCGCGAAUCUCCAAGACAACAUUGAGUUUGAGCUCAACAGCGAUGACUUGGAUGAAAGCGCUUCUGAGUCGGAAACAGAGGAAGAACCUUUGUCGAAAGGGAAGGGUAAGGCGAAGGUCACCAGUGCGAAGGUCAACGACACGUCUCGCAAGAAGAAAAUGACGCUGGCGCAACUUCGUGCGGAGCGAAGGGAGCAAGCAAGGAUCAAACGACUCGAGAAGAAGGCUAACUGGAAAGAAGAACGAGAACUCAUACGCAAAUUGGGCCGCAAAUUGACUCAUGCCGAGAAGUCCACCGUCGCUCUUCACAAAUUCCACCCUGAGUUGAAAGACGUAUGGGGAGAUUUGGAAGCUAGCAUUGAGAUUAUUACGCCCCAGAAAGCGGAGCAACCCGCAAACCUCAAGGUGACGCUUCUGCCCUUCCAACAGGAGAGUCUCUUCUGGAUGCGAGAGCAAGAGAAAGGUAUUUGGGGUGGUGGUAUGCUGGCGGAUGAGAUGGGUAUGGGGAAGACCAUCCAGAUUAUAGCGCUCCUUGUCUCGGAUCUGAAAGCGCCCAAUCUGGUUAUAGCUCCGACUGUGGCUAUCAUGCAAUGGCGCAAUGAGAUUGCGACACACACUGACGGCCUAAAAGUUCUUGUUUGGCAUGGAUCUUCUAGGGAGACCAACGUCAAAGAGAUGGCGAAAUAUGACGUGAUUUUGACAACUUACGCCGUAGUUGAAAGCUGCUUCCGCAAACAGGAAAGCGGCUUCACUCGCAAAGGCUUUAAAGUGCGAGAGGUCUCUCCAGUCCAUCAGAUCCAGUGGAACCGAGUCAUUCUCGACGAGGCUCACAAUAUCAAAGAACGGUCCACUAACACGGCGAAGGCUACAUUCGAGCUGAAGGCAAAUUAUCGCUGGUGUCUGUCGGGUACUCCGCUUCAGAACCGCGUUGGUGAAUUAUAUAGCUUAGUGAGAUUCUUGGGUGGCGAUCCAUUCUCUUAUUAUUUCUGCAAAAAGUGUGAUUGCAAGUCUUUGCACUGGCGCUUUUCAGACAAACGAAACUGUGAUGACUGCGGUCACAGUCCAAUGCAGCAUACUUGUUUCUGGAACAACGAGAUUCUGACUCCUAUCCAAAAGAAUGGAAUGGUUGGCCCUGGCAAGAUCGCGUUCAAAAAACUCAAAAUCUUGCUCGACCGUAUGAUGCUUCGCAGGACGAAGCUUCAACGAGCGGACGACCUCGAUCUUCCACCUCGCACUGUCAUCGUUCGCAGAGAUUAUUUCAGCCCGGAAGAAAAGGAACUAUACUUGUCACUUUUCUCCGAUGCCAAACGCCAGUUUAAUACCUACCUUGAUCAAGGAACGGUGCUGAAUAACUAUUCUAAUAUUUUCAGUUUAUUAACGAGGAUGAGGCAGAUGGCAUGCCAUCCUGAUCUCGUACUCCGAAGUAAGACUAAUGCUCAGGUCUUCGUGCCGGAAAAUGGCGAGGCCACCGUGUGCAGGCUGUGCAACGAUAUUGCUGAAGAUGCAAUCCAGUCAAAAUGUCGCCACAUCUUUGAUAGGGAGUGUAUCAAGCAAUAUCUAAAUACUGCCAUCGAGCAAACGCCAAGUUGCCCGGUGUGCCACCUUCCUUUAACUAUUGAUCUGGAAGCUCCUGCCCUUGAGAUUGAAGAGAAUAUAACCGCCCGACAGGGAAUCCUCGGGCGUCUUGACCUCUCUACGUGGCGCUCUUCCUCCAAGAUUGAAGCCCUGGUCGAAGAAUUGAGUAACCUUAGGAUGCAAGACUCGACGACUAAAAGCCUCGUGUUUAGUCAGUUUGUCAACUUCCUCGACUUGAUCGCUUUCCGUCUACAACGAGCUGGCUUUAACAUAUGUCGGCUGGAAGGCACCAUGACUCCUGCGGCUAGAGAUGCGACUAUCCAACACUUUAUGAAUAACGUAGAUGUUACUGUAUUCUUAGUCAGUUUGAAGGCAGGUGGUGUGGCCCUCAACCUGACGGAAGCCUCUCGUGUAUACCUCAUGGAUAGUUGGUGGAAUCCAGCGGUUGAAUACCAGGCUAUGGAUCGCAUCCAUCGCUUAGGCCAGCAUCGGCCCGUAAAGGCAAUCAAACUCGUCGUUGAAGAUAGCAUCGAAAGCCGCAUCAUCCAGCUUCAGGAGAAGAAAUCCGCCAUGGUCGAUGCUACAUUGUCGACAGAUGACUCCGCCAUGGGCAGAUUGACGCCGGAAGAUUUGGGGUUCUUAUUCAGGUUGUGA